AGCCAGUGACUCCACUGAGGAAAAAGACAUAGCUAAACACAAAAUCAUUGGUUUAAGGAGUACUUACACCAACAAAAAAAAAAUAAUGAAAACGAGAUAUUCAUUAAUGACUGACUAGGAAAGACAGUCACUAGAUCAUGUUCAUCUGGGAAAAAAUCUUUAUAGGCAGCCAUUGCAACAAGAAAUGGAGAGAAGCAGGUGAAAUCAGCAGUGUGGAAAAUUACCACACAAGAAUUCAUGACAAAUUAAAUAGGGUUUCAUUUGUCAUGAAAUUUAUUUAUAGCUGUUGUAAUAAUAUCAGUUACAUGUACUUUAUUUUUCCGAAGUUUAUCCUUGACCAUGAUGUCCUGUUCUUACAGUCCUGGCAGACAGGCUGUCUUGUUGGAUAACUUUUAAACUCUGUUUAGAUAAUUUCCAUGUUGGGAUACAGAUGUCUCUACCCUUUAUACUGACUUUGUGUUUACACACUACGUUCGCUGUUGUCUGUAAGCAGCUAAACUUUGUAACUUGCAGAGUAAUUGACCCUGAUUGCCCUCUCAAUAAAUUACACACAAAUGUAGCUAGAGAUUUGAUGAGGGGCACUGGAUUUAUCUACGAUCGGUCAUUCCUGCAGGAGGACGAAGGGCUGUCCAUGUGGACAUUAGCAAUAGAACAAGUACGUCUAAGCAAAGUGGGCCAUGUCACUGAGCACUAAAAAUACUUAACAACCCGUACAACUCUAGGAGAUUAUGGCCCCCUUUGUUUGGGUCAUCUGAUUGGCUAAGAAGGGCUUUAAGGUCAUCCUGAGUGACAGGUUGGCACAUGUUGAAUGAAACAGGCUCUGGUACAAAUACGGGGAACUAAGACGAGCAUCCCUGUCAUUUCGGACCACGCUUGAUCACUUACUGAGGAAGGAGAUUGCAAAGGAAACUUUAGAGAACUAAAGGUCGACAUGGCUGGUCUCCAGAAGAUUUUGGUUGCUUUGUGCCUGGUAACACAAGCCAUCAGCCAGGACAUGCCUUACGAGGAACUCCUUGCCCAAUUACAAGCCUGCCCUAAGGAGUGCAACUGCCCCCAAAACUUCCCUCGAGCGGUCUACUGUGACAACAAAGGGCUGAAGAGCAUCCCUACGAUCCCCCCUUACACGUGGUAUCUCUAUCUGCAGAACAAUCUGAUUGAAACGAUGCCAUUAGAUGCACUUCAGAAUGCAACACAGCUGCGCUGGAUAAACCUAAACCGCAACAAAAUUACAAGUGACAAAGUAGGCGAAGGUGUCCUAGGUGGGAUGAAACAUCUGGCCCACUUGUACAUGGAUGAUAAUCUCCUGUCUACUGUUCCUUCACCACUGCCAGUCAGCCUGGAGCAUCUACGCCUCUCUCGCAAUCGCAUCUCCAAGAUUCCCGCCGGUGUGUUUGUUGGCCUGGACAAGUUACACUUGCUGGAUCUCCAGGGGAACAAGCUGAUGGACGAUGCUGUCACUGAAGUGAGCCUAAAGGGCCUCACCAGCCUGGUCCAGAUCAAUUUAGCCAAGAACCAGCUGAGUAGCAUGCCCCUUGGACUGCCGCCUACCACCAUCCAGCUUUUCCUCGAUGGUAACAACAUUGAAAAGAUUCCUGCUGACUACUUCAAAAGUUUGCCCAAAAUUACAUUUCUGAGGCUCAACCACAACAAGCUUGGCAGUGCUGGUGUUCCAAAAGAUAUUUUUAAUAUCUCCAGCAUGCUGGACUUGCAGUUGUCUCACAAUCAGCUGACAGAGGUUCCAGUCAUUCCCUCAGGCCUUGAACACCUCUACCUUGACCACAACAAGAUUGCAAGUGUGAAUGGCUCUAGUGUGUGUCCCGUUUCUGUUGAUUCUCUGGAUGACUCGACGAACGACGGCGUGCCAAGACUUCGCUACCUCCGACUGGAUGGCAAUGAGAUCAGUCCACCGAUUCCCAGGGAUGUCGUCAUGUGUUUUCGUCUCCUUAGGUCUAUUGUUAUCUAAACAGAAAACCAAUAAUGUGCUGUAAACUAAAUGACAUUCUGCACAACUGUUGAAAUGACGUGGAUGUUGUUCCAGUCAAUGAAACUUGAGAAGUCAUCCACUGACAUUAAGCUUUCCAUUGUUUCAUCUUGGAAAGUCUUUCAAGUGAAAAAAGGAAUAAAAUCUGAAAAAAGCACACUGAUCAAUAGAUGUUUUUGAUAUAAUAUUUGCUGACCACUAGCUGUGCCUUAUGUCAGUGAAGAUAUCCGUCUGUAGACCCCUGAACUUGUGUGUAAAUAAAUACAGAAUGGGAUAUGGUGAGAUUUGGGACUGAAUUUCAAAAAGUUGCAAAAUAUCCAUAUUCUCUGUUUUUAUUUUUAUUUUUUUUUUGACACUUUAUAUUUGUAGAUUUUGUGUUUUUAUUUGCUUUUUAAAAGACAAUCUGUCAAGUAUGCAGAAAUAUAUGUACUGUUGGUAAUUUAUUUUUAUUUAAUACUGGGAACGAAUUUGAAUCCUGUGACUACUCAUGGCCAACAUUACUCCUUGUUUUGUACACAAAAAUGUGAAUAUUUGCCAACUUAUUUUUAACAUUCUGGUCAUUUUUUCUGAAUACAUUGUGUGAGGGAUUUCAUCUUAAAUUAUCUUCAAUAAAACUUAGAAUGAACAUGU